ACAAUUCUGAAAGACUUGAAUCACUUAUCACUUCAAGACAUCCAAAGACUGGAAGUAUUGGAUAAUAAAUUUAAUGUCAUUAUAACUGAAACGGCCGCUCAUUAUCACAAGAAAUCGCUGAUCUCUUUCAAUGAAGUGCCGGAAGAGACCAAAGAUGUGAUAAUAACGGCAGACAUUGACAACACAUCCAAUGAUUUUGAUUUCAUGAGUGAAAGACAGACACAAAUGAUACCAAAGAGUCUGCCAUUGAAUGCAUCGACAGAUGUGUUGACACAACACAACACAACCCAAACAAACGCACACUUCAUAACACUUCCAAUGCUUUUGUGUCCCGUCUCUGGAUGUGGUCUAACCUUUAUUACUCAAAAGUUUCUCGACAUUCAUCUCCAGAAACACACUUCACGGACAUCACCGCCGAAGAAGAAGAACUCAUUGAACACUCGAUAUAAACCUACAGCGGAAGACCUGAUUCUGCGGCCACACGUGUGUCCGACAUGUGGGCGAAGGUUUAAGCUGUUGAGAUAUAUGACUGAACACAUCCAGUGUUUCCACACUCGGGCCGCAAUCGACCGGCCGUUCAUCUGUGAGUACGACGGGUGCGGCAAACGAUGGCCAACGAAACUGAGGCUUUUGGGACACAUUUCAACGACCCAUAAAACACAGAACACAAGCGGCAAAACAGUCCGUAAGAGAGCGGACACCGAGAGCUCCACCACUUAUUCCGACGAUAAUACUUGCGAUGGACUUGAAAUGAGUGAUAGCCAAGAGUUUCGCGACAUUCAUCUCCAGAAACACACUUCGCCGACAUCACCGCCGAAGAAGAAGAAGAAGAACUCAGAGAACACUCGAUAUAAACCUACAGCGGAAGACCUGAUUCUGCGGCCACACGAGUGUCCGACAUGUGGGCGAAGGUUUAAACAGUUGAGAUAUAUGACUGAUCACAUCCAGUGUUUCCACACUCGGGCCGCAGUCGACCGGCCGUUCAUCUGUCAGUACGACGGGUGCGGCAAACGAUGGCCAACGAAACAGAGGCUUUUGGUCCACAUUUCAACGGCACAUAAAAACCAGGACAUAACCGGCAAAAGAGUCCGUAAGAGAGCGGACACCGAGUGCUCAACCACUUCUUCCGACGAUAAUACUUGCGAUGGACUUGAAAUGAGUGAUCGCCGCGCGGAACGAGCCAAGAACUCACCACAACAUUCAACACUUGAAAUGAAGUCUGAAACGGAUCCACACGUGUUGAACGCGGAUAGUGACGGUAUCGAUACAGUGACCGCUUCUUCAAGUAAUGAGUUGUCAUUAAAACCCAUUCACGAGACAACACAUGCCGUCACGAAAUCCACCGCCGCGUCGGUCGAUGAGGAGAGACCACACGUGUGUCCACACAAGACAUGCGGCGCAGCCUUUAAAAAGAAAGGACAGCUCAACGAACACAUCCGAGCCAUCCAUUCGAGUGAUAAACCGUUUGAAUGCAAAGACUGCGGCAAAUGGUUCCCAACGAGGACUCGCUUAGGAGGCCAUCAAAUUCGUAGUUGUGAUAAGAAAUGGCGUGUCGUGUGUUCGGCCCCGGGAUGUGAACAACUGUUUAAAUCAAAGUACGGUAUGAAUGAACACCGACUGAGAGCGCAUAUCGGGGACCCAUACGAGUGCAAGCAUUCCGGGUGUGGACAACACUUUGAUACCAAAGAGAUUUACGAUCAACACUUGUCGACACAUUCCUCUGAUAACAUUUCUGGUGAACCCGAGGAGUGGCCUGAAACGAGUCCAGAAGACACACAACUAUUUAAUGAUACAGAGAAUGAGAGUAUUGAUUCAUUGAGCUCUGCCUCAAGAACUAAGCGGUCCCCGAAAUCCAAUCGCAAGACAACACAUACCAUCACUAAACCCUCCGCACCCGUCGAUGAGGAGCGGCCACACGUGUGUCCACACAUGUCAUGCGGUCGGCCCUUCAAAUCCAUAAGUCAUCUCACGGAACACAUUCGAGCCAUCCAUUACAGUGAUAAACCUUUUGAAUGUAAAGGCUGUGGCGAACGGUUCCCAACGAAGACUCGCUUACGAAUUCACGAACUACAUGCGAUCUGCGGCGGUGAGGGACGGCCACACGUGUGUCCACACACGACAUGCGACCGUGCCUUCAAAUCCACAAGUCAUCUCACGGAACACAUUCGAGCCAUCCAUUACAGUGAUAAACCUUUUGAAUGUAAAGGCUGUGGCGAACGGUUCCCAACGAAGACUCGCUUACGAAUUCACGAACUACAUGCGAUCUGCGGC